CGCACGCACGAGGUAGGAUUGCACAUGGGGCCGGGCCGGGAUCAAGACCUGGAUCCCCCAAUCAGGGGCGAGCAUGCAGAACGGGGGAGCCACCAACGCCGUUCAUCCGUACCGGGUCUCCAUGGCUGAUAUCGCGGAGAUGCAGUGUGACUACAAAAAGGCCCGGAUUGCUGCCGCCUCUGUCUCACUGCUCCUGCUCCCGAGUCCCGGCUCCUGGGGUUCCAUCCUUUUUCUCCCUCCUCGCUGCCGCCUGAAAUCUCGACGAUCUGAGAGUUUCCGACCCUCCCCCCUUUCGUCGCAUCAGAUCGACUCCGACAGACAGCUGCCCAUCAUGUCGCUGUCGUCGAGGAUAUUGCAGAAGAUUGUGCGGAACGAGGCCAUGGCCUCGGAUCCGCCCGAGAUCUAUGGCUGGCGUGUGUACCUGCUUGCCUGCUCGGCUUGCUUCGGCGCCAUGUCCUUUGGCUGGGACUCGGGCGUCAUCGGAGGUGUCAUCGUGCUGGACCCCUUCAUCAAGGACUUCAAUUUGGGUGACUCCAAAUCCGUCGCUUCCGCCAACCUCUCUGCCAACAUCGUCUCUACUCUCCAGGCCGGCUGCUUCGUCGGCUCGCUCGCCGCCUCCCCCCUGACGGACCGCUUCGGCCGCAAGUGGUCCCUUAUCGCCGUGUCCAUACUCAUCAUGGUCGGUGUCAUCAUGCAGUCAGCUGCCCUCGGCAACCUGGGCACCAUGUACGCCGGUCGUUUCAUUGGUGGAAUGGGCGUUGGCGCUGCCAGCACUAUCAACCCCAUCUACGUGUCUGAGAACUCCCCGCGCGCCAUCCGCGGCCUCCUCACCGGCUUGUACCAGCUCUUCAUCGUCACCGGCGGCAUGCUCUCCUUCUGGAUCAACUAUUCAGUCAGCAUCAACUUCCCCCCGACCAAGGUCAUGUACGUCUUCCCGCUCGCCAUCCAGGCCCUCCCCGCUCUCCUGCUGUGCAUCUGCAUGCUUCUCUGCCAGGAGUCUCCGCGCUGGCUGGCCCGCAAGGACCGCUGGGAGGACGCCAAGAAGGUGCUGUCGCGCACCCGCAACCUGCCGCCGACGCACCCCUACAUCCAGGAGGAGUUCCAGGAGAUCGUCGACCAGCUCGAGCAAGAGCGCCGCCUGAUUGGCGACGCCAGCUUCUGGAACCUGCAGCGCGAGAUGUGGACCAUCGCGGGCAACCGCCGCCGCGUGCUCGUCAGCAUCUUCCUCAUGAUCUGCCAGCAGAUGACGGGCACCAACGCCAUCAACACGUACGCUCCCACCAUCUUCAAGAACCUCGGCCUGAGCGGCACCUCGGCCAGUCUGUUCAGCACCGGUAUCUACGGUAUCGUCAAGGUCACCAGCUGCAUCUGCUUCCUGCUCUUCAUGGCCGACUCGCUGGGCCGUCGGGGCAGUCUGCUGUGGACCUCCAUCGCCCAGGGCCUGGCCAUGUUCUACAUCGGCCUGUACGUGCGCAUCGCCCCGCCGGUGCCCGGCGCCCCCGUGCCGGCCGCCGGUUAUGUUGCCCUUGUCUCCAUCUUCCUGUUCGCUGCCUUCUUCCAAUUCGGCUGGGGCCCCGCGUGCUGGAUCUAUGCCAGUGAGAUCCCCACAGCCCGCCUGCGCUCCAUCAAUGUGGCCUACGCGGCCGCCACGCAGUGGCUCUUCAACUUCGUCGUUGCCCGCGCCGUGCCGACCAUGCUUGUCACCGUGGGCGCUUACGGAUACGGGUGAGUUGCUCUCUUUCCCCCCCUUCCCCAAACAAAUAUCAUGGUUGUAAAAAAAAAAAAGCCGAAGAAAGACCUGGCUGACGCUUUGUUUUUCCCCUCUAUCAGCACGUACCUCAUCUUCGGCAGCUUCUGCUUCUCCAUGUUCUUCUUCGUCUGGUUCUUCGUGCCUGAGACCAAGGGCGUCUCGCUCGAGGCCAUGGACAAGCUGUUUGGCGUCACCGACGCGCCCAAGUCGGUCAGCGAGGAGGAGGCCAGGGAGAAAGAAGCCCCUCGCGCUGCCCAGGCCGAGGUGGCUUGAUGGGUGGUGGGUGGGAGAGCCCGGGAUAGAUAGGGGUGUGCUUGCUGCUUUCCGUAGUCGAA